CUCCCCUCCUCUGGGGCCCCAGUCUCCCCUCGGGGCCUGUGUCCCACCAUGUCGGUGGCUGUGGAGAUCUUCGGCUUCUUCAUCUCAGCCCUGGGACUGCUGAUGCUAGGGGUGACCCUGACACACAGCAGCUGGCGAGUGUCCACCGUGCACGGGAACGUCAUCACCACCAGCACCGUCUUCGAGAACCUCUGGUAUAGCUGUGCCACCGACUCCCUUGGAGUCUACAACUGCUGGGAGUUCCCGUCCAUGCUGGCCCUCUCUGGGUACAUCCAGGCCUGCCGGGCGCUCAUGAUCACCGCCAUCCUCCUGGGCUUCCUGGGCCUCUCCCUAGGCAUGGUGGGGCUGCGCUGCACGAACAUUGGAGGUCUGGAGCCCUCCAGGAAAGCCAAGCUGGCGGCCACCGCAGGGGCCCUACACAUACUGGCUGGUGUCUGUGGGAUUGUGGCCAUCUCCUGGUACGCCUUCAACAUCACCCGGGACUUCUUCGACCCCUUGUACCCCGGAACCAAGUACGAGCUGGGCCCCGCCCUCUACCUGGGCUGGAGCGCCUCCCUGCUCGCCAUCCUGGGUGGCAUCUGCCUCUUCUCCAACUGCUGCGGCUCUCGGGACGAGGACCACGGCGCCAGCAUCCGGCUUCCGUACAAGGCCCCGGCAAUGCCCGCCAAAAGCCUCGCUGCCCGCCUGCCCACCUCGGCCUCGGAUGAAGAAGGCGACAGCAGCUUUGGCAAGUACGGGAAAAACGCUUACGUGUAGGUGGCCUGGCCU